AUGGCGCAUCGGGAAGGUGGAAGUCAAGACAUCACGGGGGUGGAUGACUAUGCGGACGCCAUAGAAAGGGACAGUGUAUCGUCACGAGAGAACGUGAAUCACGAGGUCCAGAGUGUGUCCAUUCACUUUAAGGAUGUGCAAGAUUAUUUGCCUACGUUCUCCGGAGCCGAAGAUGUGUGUGCAUGGGUGGUUGAGUUCGAGACGAGUAGCCAACUUUUCGAGUGGCAUGAACUCCACAAGCUCAUUUACGCUAAACGUGUGCUGCAGGGCGCAGCCAAGGCUUUUGUAAAAAGCAUUCCCGAAGUGUCGUCGUGGAAGGAGCUAAAGUGUGCGCUAGUGGAAGAGUUCGAGGAAAAAGUGUCGAGCGCAAGUGUCCACGAAUCGUUACGACACCGGAAGAAGAAGACAGAAGAAACAUUUACGGAAUACAUUUACGCGAUGUGUGCAAUUGGGAAAAAGGGACAUGUGAAAGAAGAAUCCCUUUGCGAGUACAUAGUGACAGGGAUAGACGACGAUCCCUUGAACAAAGCCUGCCUGAUCGCUGCGAAAACAAUUAAAGAAUUGAAAGGUCAAAUGAAGGGAUACGAAAAAUUGGUCGCCCAAAUUCGCGAACAACGUCAGAAGCGACCAGUAAUCACAAAGAUUACGGAUGGCAACAAUUCCAAACAAAUAACAGCGGCCAGCGUAAAAUGCCGUACCUGCGGGAAAAUGGGACAUUUUGCCAAAGAGUGCCCUAACAAAGCAGCAGGACCGGUUUGUUUUGGCUGCGGCAGACCAGGUCACCGAGCACGCGAAUGCGAAGACAGACCGAGUUUUUCCGGGAACACCAAUUUAGUCAGCGGCGACAAAGGGGGAACGAUCACCAUGAGAAUCGGAACGAAAGAGCUAAACACCCUUUUCGAUACGGGCAGCCAAUACAAUCUUUUGUCCGAAGAAACCCAACAGGCCAUACGAUUCCUAAGCGUUACUCCGACAACAAUGACCCUCAACGGAUUCGGCGGCACAAGAACUGCGGCGUUGGGAACACUAGUGACGACAGUGACGAUCGACCAGAAUGAGUACAAGGAAAUACAGUUCUAUGUUGUUCCUACUGGAAGCAUGUGUUACGAGGCAGUCAUCGGAAGAGAGGCUUUGAAAGAUAUGGAAGCGACGGUGACGAAAGAUGGCAUAAAAGUGCGCCCAAGUGGUAAGAACAAGGAGGAAGAAUGUGUGUUUAGCGGUGACGUGUUUAUUUGCGAGCCGGACAAAAUAGUAGUACCACCCAAAUUCCAGGAGGCAAUCGAUAGUGUCGUUAGUAAAUACAACGAAGCAUGCCGGGUGGUCGUGGUGAAGAAGAAAGACGGCAGCAAUCGUGUAUGCGUCGAUUUCAGGAAACUGAACUCGAUGAUACUCAAAGACGGAUUUCCAAUUCCGCGGAUCGACGAGGUGCUGGAGAAGCUUCAGAGUGCAAAGUGGUUCUCGGUGAUGGAUUUAGAAAAUGGAUUUUUCCAUGUGCCGAUCGACGAGGCGAGUAAGAAAUACACCGCUUUUGUGACGAAAAAGGGGUUUUACGAAUUUAAUAGAGCACCGUUUGGGUUGUGUAACUCUCCUGCGGUGUUCACGCGCUUCGUCAACCACGUGUUUUUGAACCUUAUCAACGAAGGCGUGUUAGAAGUGUACAUGGAAGAUUUGAUCGUUUACGCAAAAACGGCGGCGGAGUGUCUGUGGAAAACGGAACAAGUGCUCAUGACGGCUGCAGAACAUGGACUCGCGGUGAAAUGGAAAAAAUGCAAGUUUAUGCAGUCCUUAGUCCAUUUCCUUGGCCACUAUGUAGAAGUUGGCAUGAUUUCGCCAAGCGCCGAGAAGAUCAAUGCUGUGACCAAGUUCAGUGUACCGAAGAAUGUGAAGGCUGUGCAGGCUUUUCUUGGGCUCACCGGGUUUUUCAGAAAAUUCGUGAAAAACUACGCUCAUUUCGCUCGCCCCCUCACCAAUCUUCUGCGGAAUGAUACGGAGUUCGUGGUGGGAAGUCAAGAGCUGCUAGCCUUUAACCAGUUGAAGGAGAUACUUGCGAGUGAACCAGUGUUACGGUUGUACGACCGUGAAGCAGAGACAAAAUUGCAUACCGACGCGUCGAAGGAGGGAUAUGGUGCGGUGUUACUCCAACGUUUUGAAGGAAAACUGCAUCCAGUAUGCGUUUUGGAGUAA